UUUUAUGCUACGCGAAGCACACUCGUAGUCGUACGCUCGUAACGGAAGGACGUGCUUUUUUGUUGUUUGCGCCCCGGCACCGAGGGAUCGAACCCCCGGCCGAAUUCGUUCCGUGUGCAUCGUACUGUGACAGUGGGGCAGUGUGCGUUUCUUCCUGCAUUCGCUGCAGCUUUAUUCAACAAGUGGUGGUUAAUAAACGAUUUUUGCUACUUCCCUGCUUCCACCAACCAUGCGGACAGUUUAGCAUAUUCCAAGUGUGCAGUGUGUGUGUGUGUGUGUGUGUGUGUUUUAAGUCGUGUGGCAGAUCAAAAGUGUGCAGUUUUUUUUUAAUGCCAGUGGUCAGUAUAGCGGUCGAACUUGAACAACAUUCCAGCAUUUUUUGCCCAAUUGACCUCGACUUUUGAAGAAGAGCCGCGUCCCCUUCACUAACCGAGCAGAAGGGUCGAGAAUUGAUUUGAUUGAGUGAUUUUAUUCGUAUCUACGUGUGUGUGUGUGGGUUUGUGUAAUUGUGUGUACUAACCUGCGCACGAACGAUGGCGGACGAAAGCCUGCACGUACCGGACACCAGCAUCGACUUCCACAUCGUCCAGCUGUUCGAGCGGCUCGAGGCGAUGCGCAAGGAGCCGGGCCAGAAGCUGUCCCGGUCGUUGCAGGGACGCAUCAACAUGCACACCGAGCUGCGCAGUCUGGAGCUAUGGAGAUCGAUUACGUGCGAAAGUUUGGCCUCCUUCUUCUACGUGUUUAUUGUGUGCGGUGCGGCGGCGGGUGCCGGGGUCGGCGCGAGCGUAUCCUCCGUCCUGCUGGCCACCGCCCUGUCGUCCGGCUUUUCCAUGAUUGCGCUAACGCAGUGUUUCCUGCACAUUUCGGGUGCCCACGUUAACCCGGCCGUGUCGAUCGGGAUGCUUGUCUCGCGCCAAAUUUCACCACUGCGUGCCCUGCUGUACAUUGUGGCGCAAAGUGGCGGUUCUAUUGCUGGUGCGGCCCUGCUGUAUGGUGUCACCGUGCCCGGUUAUCAGGGCAAUCUGCAGGCGGCCGUUUCCCACAGCUCAUCCCUCGCCGCCUGGGAGCGGUUCGGAGUCGAGUUCAUCCUGACGUUCAUCGUCGUGCUGGCGUACCUCAUCUCGACCAGCUCGUUCAAGAAGUACUUCGGCUCGUCCGCGAUCGCCAUCGGUGCGGCGUACAGUGCGUGCAGCUUCGUAUCGAUGCCCUAUCUGAACCCGGCCCGCUCGCUCGGUCCCUCGUUUGUGCUGAACAAAUGGGACAACCACUGGGUGUACUGGGUCGGACCGAUGGUUGGCGGUGCCGUGUCCGGUGUGCUGCACGAGUUCAUCUUUAGCGCGAAGCGCUCCUCCAAACGCACCAAGGACGACGUCGACUCGAGCCUAAACUCCGAAGACGACAUCAACUACGACAUGGACCUGGAGAAACCUCAGCAACAGCCACCGCACCAGGGCAAAUAUCAUCAGUACCGGCCACCGAGCGGCACUCUGACCGGUAGUCAGCAACGCUACUGUCAAAGCAUCUACACGGCCGAACCGACGUCCAAGGUGGAGCGCGUUGAACCGAUCUACGGCGGUACCAAGUCCAUGUACUGCAAGUCACCGCCGCUGACGCGUGCCAACCUGAACCGUUCGCAGUCCGUGUACGCCAAGAGCAACACCGCACUGAACCGUGACCUGCCGGUACGUUCCGGUCCGCUAGUGCCCGCCCAAAGCCUGUACCCGUUGCGCGUGUCAGCCGCACCGCAGACACACCUCCAGAACCAGAACGUACAGAACCAGCUGCAGCAGCGCUCGGACAGUAUCUACGGCAUUCGCAGCUCGAUGCGACAACCGGGCCCACCCAGCGACGGGCGCAUGGGCUCCCAGAUGCCACCGCAGAUGGCACCGCUCGGUGAUGGGCCACCGGGGCAGGGCUUCCAGCCAAUCUACGGCUCGCGCAACAAUCCCAACUGCUCGACCGAUGCGCUCAAGUUCGACCGUCAAGAUCCCAACAGCCGUGACGAACCGCCCAGCUGCAAGUUCUCGCGCGGCAACGCCACCAACCGGCCGGAAUCGAUGUAUGGUGGGGCCGCCGGCCAGCGGCGCAUCCACUCGGCCCAAUCGGACGACAGCUCGUACGGCUCGUACCAUGGCCCCGGGCCAGCACUGACGCCACCGACGCGUAACGCUAGCAACAGCAGCAGCACCUACAACCCGGUCGUCGGUACCGUGCUGCCCAACUACGAACGGAAGACGUCCUCAUCGUCCUCCUCGAACCAGCAGCAGCAACAGCAACAGCAGCAAUCGCGCAAUGGCCAGAAUGGUACGGCCAGCAUACAGAACACAAGCUUGCCGCCACCACCGCCACCACUGCACCACACGAUGCCAUACGGGAUGCAUUCCGUGAGACAGAACUAGAUACUUCCUAUCACCCCUCUCCAGAAGACACUAAGCUAGUUGCUCCAGACUGAUCAAGUACGAUCGCUCGCGGAGCUAGAAUGUAAGUGCAUUGAAUGUGUGCGUUUUGUUUGUGUUUGAGUGCUUUUUGUUCAUUGUGCUGUGUGCUUGUGUGCGCGUGUGCGUGUGUGUGUUCCUCUUAAUGUUUAAGUUUCACCCUCAAACCGUUCGGUUUCGGGUGGCGACAAACCUUUUUUCUUCGGAAAUUUCCCCAGUGAGCUAAGCGUAGAGUCGGUUGCGAUUGACCCUAAACCGAAUGGAUUGACUGUUUCGAUUGAUCAUGAUCAAUUGAUCCAGCAGCGAUCUCGGUCAAUUGCGGUUAACGGCAAUCAAUUUAUAUAUAAAUCCUAAUAUCUCCCCUCUCUCAACUCCAACCUGGGACCUCGCUAAAGGUCAGUCUACACGCUUGUUAAUGGUGCCGACAUUCGAUAGCUGAGCGUUUUUCCCCAAAACCCUUACAAUCCGGUUGAUAAUAAGACUGAAUCUUCAUCUCCAAACUACGAUCACUCGUUAUCGGUUUCGAAUAGCUAGUGCGGAUUGUUUCCAGAAAUGCCAUAUGAUAUCGCGUGUCAGUUAUACACUAUACUCUUGUGCAAAAGAGAACGCGAAAGAAGACAGACAAAGCAGAGACGUUUGGAUGAAUUCUUUAGACGCACACUUUAUGCGAAUUCCAAAGCUCAGACUGACUUAACAAAUUUGUAUAGUAAGGUUAUUUUCUUAUCUGUUCAAUCUGGGUUCAGUUUUGAUGAACUCGUUUCUAGGUUUUACACUUCCCCCUUCUAGUACAAAUGUAAAUAGAUAGACAUGUGGAGGUUGUUUUAUUUUUUUAUGUUUUUACGCUUUUAAUUUUAUUAUUUUUGCGAGUAGACCUUCAUUGCAUCGUGGUCAGUUUGAUGCGUAAAAUUGAUGGAAGGAAUUGUUGUAAGAAAAACGAGUAAAAAUGUAGGCGAACAAAAGCAAUGCACACGAUAAAUGUAUCGACCAUGUUAGUAGCUUCGACUGUAUCGGCACGCUGACGCUGUAUUGUAACGAAAAGUUGAAUUUGUUCAUAGAUUUAUUGAAGAAAAAAUAGUAUUAUACUGCGUGAGAUAGGAGCUUGAUGCUUGUGCGUCUUUCGAAAGGUUUCGUGCACUGUACAUAUUUAUUUGUGAUUAACCUAGACCAGAAUGUAACGACUUUAACAAAUUGUAGCAACACAGCGAAUUGAAGCUAAAAUAUAUAACAAACUUUUCAAUAUAA